AGGUUGAGAUAUUAAGAUUUGCACCAUAGUAGAAAAGGAUUGUAGAAGUUGUUUUCUCAAGCAUAGCAUCAAGAUCAGGGCAGCCUCAUGCGUUGCGUGAGGGCAACUCACCUAGGAUAAUUCCAAUUACAAUUACGAUUCUGAAGCUUCAACCAAGCAUCCCCUUAGUCAUUUCAUUCAGGGAAGAAGUCUGGCCCGAUGGAAGUGGAGGCUAGUUUUAGGGUGGUAUCUCGUAUUCAUUGCCAAGCAGUGCCGUAUUGCAAUCCAAUCUGCAAUUAUCAAACCUUAAACCUCCAUUUUCCCUACCAUCACCGUCCUCCCCACCUCUCAAAUGCUUCAUUUCACACACUCAAAAACUGCUGCUGCAAAGCUGCUGCAAAAGAGAGCAGUACCAAAGCUGUAGAAAAAGGAAGGAAGAUGUCUGCUGAUGAUUCACAUGAUUUAAAGCUCUCAAGCUUAACAGCUCUGUGUCCUCUUGAUGGACGUUAUUGGGCUAAGGUCAAGGAGCUAGCUUUUUUUAUGAGUGAAUAUGGUUUAAUUCGCUUUAGGGUUUUAGUUGAGGUGAAAUGGUUGUUAAAACUUUCUCAAGUUCCUGAAAUUCCUGAGGUUCCAAGCUUCUCUAAAGAUGCUGAGACUUAUCUGCAAGGCUUGAUUGAUGGAUUUAGCUUGGAUGAUGCCAUGGAAGUCAAGAAAAUUGAGAAAGUGACUAACCAUGAUGUUAAGGCAGUGGAAUACUUUUUGAAGCAAAGGUGCCAGUCACACCCAGAGAUAGGAAAGGUGCUCGAGUUUUUCCACUUUGCCUGUACGUCUGAAGACAUUAACAAUCUUGCUCAUGCACUUAUGCUGAAAGAAGCUCUUUCUAUGGUGAUGUUACCUGCUAUGGAUGAAGUGAUUUCAGCCAUAAGUGACAUGGCUAUGGAAAAUGCUCACAUUCCUAUGCUUUCUCGCACCCAUGGACAGCCAGCUUCACCUACAACCUUGGGAAAGGAAAUGGCAAUUUUCGCAUUCAGGUUAAGUUGGGAAAAGCGGGAUAUUUCAAAAGUUAAAAUACUUGGGAAGUUUGCUGGUGCUGUUGGAAACUAUAAUGCACAUCUUGUGGCGUAUCCUGAUAUCAAUUGGCCGCAAGUUGCGGAGGAAUUUGUGACAUCUCUUGGAAUUGAUUUCAAUCCCUAUGUGCCGCAAAUUGAACCUCAUGACUACAUGGGCAAACUUUUUCAUUCUAUAAUCCAGUUCAACAACAUUCUAGUUGAUUUUGAUAGAGACAUCUGGGGAUAUGUCUCUUUAGGUUACUUCAAGCAGAUAACUAAAGCUGGUGAGAUUGGGUCUUCUACAAUGCCUCACAAGGUUAACCCAAUUGAUUUUGAAAAUAGCGAAGGAAAUCUUGGAGUGGCUAAUGCAGGGUUGUCCCAUUUAAGCAUGAAGUUACCUAUUUCACGCUGGCAGAGGGACUUGACUGAUUCUACUGUUCUGAGAAACAUGGGUGUAGGUUUAGGACAUUCUCUGCUAGCCUACAGGAAUACAUUAAUGGGCAUUGGGAAGCUUCAGGUCAAUGAAGCUUCCCUGAGUGAAGACUUGGACCACACGUGGGAGGUGCUUGCAGAACCAAUACAAACUGUCAUGCGAAGAUAUGGUGUCCCAGAGCCUUAUGAAAAACUGAAGGAGGUAACAAGAGGAAGAGCGGUGACCCAAGGGAGCAUGAGAGAAUUUAUUAAGAACCUGGAUAUACCAGGAGAUGCAAAGAUGAUGCUCUUGAAUUUAACACCCCAAACUUAUGUUGGAGCAGCGGCUGAAUUGGCAAAAAACAUAAAGACAGCCAUAAAUUUAGUGAAUGGGGUUAGGUUCUCCUAAGGAGUGGGGAAGUAGGGUGAAAUUUAGUGCUGAUUUGCUUCGACUUCACAGCUAAGUUGUGAGAAAUUAUUUCAUACACAUUUGUUUUUUUUCAUUUCUACUAAUCAAAUCGAGGGACUACUAAGCACUUUUCUUGAAAUUUUGGCACGAGAGUUGUGUAAAAUAGGCUUUUUUCUUUCCUCAAUAUGCACUUACCCAAGAUGUGAACUUUCUUUUGCAUUCUCUUGUAAAGAGAAUUGUAAUUGAACUUUUCAUAGUUCGAGCUUGA